UAGGUCGCCGAUUCCGAAGCUAUGCGAAGCAAAAUAGAAGAAUCUCAGUCUCAGCCCCAUUCAUCUGCUUGGCUUUCUCCGUGCGAUGAGCUGCCGCUCCCACUGGAGCUGAUCGCAAACCUCGGAGCCUUGCAGACUCUAGAUCAGUUCCACAUUUUGGCUCCAUGCACACCAGGUUUUGGUGUUUCGGUGUUAGUUAGACUGGAGUGGUUUUCUGCACGGCCAAGGUCAGACGCGAGCUGGUAACAACUUGUGCGUUUUCAGGACUGUGGGUGGCAUUACACCGGAGUCUUGCAGGCAUAGUAUAUUCUUUUGAAGGGGAGCUCCUGGGUUGUUCACUGGCAACGUCGAGAAACUGUUGUUGAAGUUUUGCAAAUUGUUGGAUCGGAAAGGAACUGGCAGCUAGGGUUUUGGGAGGUGCAUGGCAGUGGUGAGUGGAGGGAUGUAGGAGAUGCUGUGGAGGACGAACGUGUGUUGGAUUGAAAUAUGUGACUGGUGUAGGUGGAGGGCACGGCACGUAAUGGGUUUCAUCAAAUAAAGUGCUUUGCACAGGGAUGGGGUCAGUGGAUGACGUGCUCACUGUAAUGUUGUCGGAUGAUCAUGACCCCUCGUCUCUAGCCGCUGUCAAGACCUCUUCCAAUUCUCCCUUCAGAUUACCCAACGACAUGUUUGCAUUGCUUCCAUACUCUAGCUCUUUGCAGGGGAGUCUUUCCGGUUCUGGGCAGCAGCUGGGCUCAUCCAAGGGUACGAAUUUUCCUCGAAAAGGUUUGGGCAGGUCCCUUGCACAAAUACCAGAAUGGCCAUUUCCGAAAGAUGAGAAGUGGGGUUUGGAUGUCUUACAAGAGCCCGAUCUCACAAGAGCCACGAAUUUCAGUCCCAACGUGAUUGCUCCACAGAAUAUGAAAACCUCAAGACAGGGAGGCCUACAACGGUACCAUUCUGCUCCCAGCAGUUUCUUGCAGUGCUUGGACGAUUUUAUCAAUGAGCCUGGUGCCUAUCCACAAGCCUCAAGCCCGUUGCCCGACAGCGAUGGUCUUCUCACUUGGGCGGACAAUCUGGCGCCUAUCAUGGAGCGUUGUUCUCAGCAGAUGGACACUGAGAAGAUCCUCCCCAGCUCUGAAUUGAAUGAUUAUGAGGAGUUUAUUGCUACUCUUACGGAUUUCUCCACCACGUCCCGUCCACCUGAGUCUCAAAAACUUGACUCUAAGGAGUCUCUGAUUCGCCAAGAUGGUCUCGGAGGAUUCACUUUACCAGCCAUUCAGGAUAACAUGGAGGAGAGUAGUGAUGUAACUUUUCAGAUGCCGGGGUUCUUGCCCCAAUGUGAGAGCAUGCCUGGCCCAACUUCGGAGAAAAACGGCGCUACCAACAACUCCAAAUCAUCCACGUACACACCAGAGGAAUGUACUUAUCUUGUCAAAGAACCUGCAGUAUCCGGAGGCCUUUGGAAUUGCCCUACAAAUCCAGGGAAGCUCGGUGGUAACAUGCCUCCUACAGGAGAGGAAGUGACGAUGGAACCACCACUUGAUUGGUCCAGAACUAACUCCUUUAGAACUGCAGCCAGAGUUGGCGAGGCGGGACCAAAGUUAGGGGGCUUAAUUCGACACUCUAGUCUGCCUGCGCCAAGCCGUCCGUUCAGUGGUAAUGUAGACUUUGACGACCUAUUUGCCGAUCCCUCGGCGGUGCCUCUGAAGACCAUAAGAGCAAAUCGUGGACACGCCACUCACCCCCGAAGUAUUGCGGAGCGAGUGCGGCGGGGUAAAAUCAGUGAGCGGAUGAAAAAGCUGCAGGACCUGGUACCCAGCAUGGAUCGACAAACCAACACAGCUGACAUGCUUGAUGAUGCUGUGGAGUACGUGAAACAGCUGCAGCAGCAAGUGCAAGAGCUGUCCAAAACCGUCGCUGAACUGCAGCAACUGCAGGAAAGGUUAGGACGCCGUGACUGAUACUACUGGUUCAAAAUAACUUAGUUCAUCUGAUGCGGAGCCCGUCAAUCCCUUUGUAUCAUAUUGUACCCAAUAUGUGUCCGAUCAGUCCAUAAUCUCACUUCCUCAAUGGUCCAUCUAAGAGCGCAGAUGUUUAAUAGCUCCGUUGCUGUUUUUUUCUUCUCCGCCUUGGAUGCUGUGUGGCAUGAAGAAGCUAUGUAGUUGCCACAUUUCACAAGUUCUGCCACGCUUGAAGUUUCAAGCGUUAUUUUCUUCUCUACUUUCCACAAGUGCUUGAAUCCUCUUUCCCACCACCCUUACUAAACUCCUUUCAAAUGUCGGAUCUCUUUGACUCAUCUGGGGUUCUACCAAAGUACCUUACAAGGCCUUUGUGAAGUGGUUGCUUCUCCUAUCAACGGUAGAUGUAGGGUCCUGACAGCCAUCCUGGAAACAUCAGAACAUUCCGGAGCUGUUCCUGGCACCAUCGGUUGUUUGCUUUCUGUGACAUAAAAUCAAAUUGAUUCCAGUGUUUCUGUGC